GUUUAGCCUACGUUUUCACAUUGUAUAUAUAGCCCAGAUUAAAAAAACACAAAUCUGUCAUAUUUUUCUGAUCUUUCAAUAUGAGCAAUGAAGAAGAUGUUGGAGUAAGCGAUGACGAUUGUUCUGAUGAUUAUGAAGAUGACGAAGAAGACAUCAAUAAUUAUUACAACAACAACGAGGAUGAUUUUGCCGACAGUGAGGAGGAAGAUGGAGACUCAACUUCGAAUAAUAACGACAUCAAGAAAUUAAUUCAAGAAUUGGAGCAUUUCAGCAGUAAAACUAUGACUGUAAGCGAAACGAAUGAGUUUUUAUGGAAAGAUUGCGACAAAGCAUCAGUGGUGCUUAGUAUUACACCAGCUAUGUCUAGACUUGUGUUACAAGCUUCUAAAUGGAAGCUCGCUGUUAUAAAAACAAGAAUCAACAUUGCUUCUGAAAAGACAGCACUUUUUGAAGAGAGUGGUUUACAAAAUGCCACAAAUUCAAAAUCAAUCGAAAAAGUAAAAUCUUCGCGACCUAAAGUUUGUGGGGUUUGUUUGGAGACUUUACAUCGCAGUAAAUUGCUGGCUUUAAAUUGUGGACAUCAGUUUUGUGAUGGGUGCUGGAAACAACACAUGGUGUUUGCUGUAAAAGAUGGCAUGUCGCAAGGCAUUCCUUGCAUGGAGCCUGAGUGUACCUUACUUUGCCAUCCUGAUUUUGUGAAGCAAUUCUACCCUGUGAACCAAGAUUCUCCCUUAGAAACUGCAUACAAGACCCAUUUGUUCAGGAUAUCAGUAUCCUCACAUUACCAGUUACGUUUUUGUCCUGGGGUCGACUGUACAAGCGUCAUAUAUGGGGAAAAACCUAAACCGAGAAAGGUGCAAUGCCUAACCUGCAAGACUGCCUUUUGUUUUGAAUGCGGGACCCCACCACACAUACCAACAAACUGUGAAACGAUUAAAAAAUGGUUGACAAAAUGCGCCGAUGACUCAGAAACUGCCAACUACAUAAGUGCUAAUACUAAGGAUUGUCCUAAAUGUCACAUUUGCAUUGAAAAAAAUGGCGGAUGCAAUCACAUUAAAUGUUCAAAAUGUUCACACAAUUUUUGUUGGAUGUGCCUAGGAGAUUGGAAAAAUCACGGCAACUCAUACUACGAAUGCAGUCGCUACAAAGAAAAUCCAAGAAUCGCUUCCAAAAACUCGCAAACGCAAGCUAGAGAAGCUCUGAAAAAAUAUCUGUUUUAUUUUCAAAGGUGGGAAAACCACGACCGUAGUUUGCACUUAGAAGCUCAGGCAAGAUCCCGAAUACAAACACAGAUAGAGGAGAAGGUUAACAGCAACCAAGGUACUUGGAUAGACUGGCAAUACCUACUAAGAGCUGGAGAACUAUUGGCACAGUGUCGUUAUACUCUACAAUACACAUACCCUUUGGUAUAUUACGCCGAAACUGGCCCCGAAAAGGCGUUAUUUGAAUACCAACAAGCCCAGCUGGAAGUUGAAAUCGAGGGCCUAGCUUGGAAAUUGGAACACGCUGGAGAAUACCAGCGUGGUGACAUUGAAAACCAAAUGGAUGUAGCGGAAAAACGGCGCCAAACUUUACUUGCGAGAUUUGUUACUGUUUAAAGUCAUUUAAUGAUGAAAAAAAAACACUUUUGUCAAAAACAGAUCGUGAAAAAGUUUUGUAUAUUAAGAGGUACAAGCUUUGAUAAGGUUUUGAAAAUCUUUUUGCUGAAUCAGUGUUAAAAUAUUCUGUCUUUUUUGAAUGAAUUGCAAAAUUACUUUUGUGAAACUUAUGUUUCCCGCAUCGCAGUGCAAACUGUUACUACUGUAUUUGUAAACAUUGUAGCUGUAUUUUCGAUCCUAUACAAAAAUAGGUGCCUUUGCAUACUUGUUUUUUAUGGAUAAAACAUGAUUUUCUAAACAAUUGUGGUAAUAGCAUAGGCGCCAAACCUGGGGUGGCAGGGUAGGCAGACUUACCCCAGAAUUUUUACACUGCAAUAAUCAGUAAACAAUACAACUAAAAAAUUAGUUUUUUUUUAUAAAAAUUUGCAUGUCUAACUAUCCCUGCCUCCCCUGCGUUUUAAAAAGUUUGGUGCCUAUAGGUAUUGGACUAUAUAUCUAUGCUUCUCAACCCAUUAGUAACAUUUGAUUUGGUUGAGUCGCCUACAAUAGUGGUCAAAACCUUUUAAUAAUACUAUACUAGUUAAAUCAUUAUAUAACAUUUAGUUUUAAAAAUUGGGUUCAAAUUUUUUUUUAUAUAAAAUUUCGUUUUUAAAAAUAUUUUUUUUUGUUGUUAAAGUUAUAAAGGAUUGAGAAGUAAUGGUAUAUGAUGCUUUAUGUUAUAUGCUACUGUGUCUUGUAGCACAGUAUAGUUGUAUAACAUGCUAUAAAAGUGUUGCAAAGGUAUCUAUAUGCACAGUAGGAUCAUUUUGUGCCUGGUUAUUUUGUGCACAUUAAAUUUAUUGUUAUGCACAACUGUUUUUGUCAUAUUAAAAAUACGAUUUUUCACAAAUUCAAAUCGCUGUCUGUACUGUAGUCUUAUCUUACAAAUAAACCGUGCAAUUUAAUACUGCAGUUGUUAAUAAAUAAGUUCUCAUCGUAAAAA